AUGUGUAAAUCUCUUUCAUCGUCGAACCUUUUCUUUUUUUUUCUGCGUGCGUGUUUUAUCGAAUGUUUAAAAGAUGUUAGAGUCUCCGUCCCACAAGCCAUUAAAAGAGGUGAAACGGCCGUUUUUAUGUGCGAUUUUGACCUCGAAGGUGACCUUUUAUAUACGGUUAAAUGGUACAAAGGUAGAAGUGAAUUUUUCCGAUACACACCUAAAGAUGAAUUUCCAAUUAAAAUAUUUCCAUUGGAUGGCUUAACAAUCGAUUUAUGA